GCCUAUGAGUCAAAAAAAACGACACCGCUCCAACAAUCACACUCGCAACGAUAACAAGUCUAAUUCAGGACGCAAUCGCCCUACGACGACGAAACCUAUCUUAAAAAACAUUCGUCGAUCCAUCUUUUCUCCCGGGGCGCUGCCAAACAACUCUGGGCCGUGUAUCCGUACCAAUGUUUAUUUUCCUUCCAUUAAUCCCAGUCUCUUCUUUGAAGUCACCUCGCUUACUAAAGAUCGAGCUACCGUGCUCGACGCCGUCGCCAAACAACUACCGGGCAAUGGACCCUUGGGCGUCGAAUUGCAUUUUAAGGACACUCGAGUAGUCGUCGAAAUCACGCCUCGCAACGAGCAACAACGCAAUAUCCUCAAGACCGACGGUCUUAUUAUAAAGAAUUGUCGUAUUAUCGGUACGCCAGCACUUCGUAAAGGUUCAGGCCUUUUGACAAUCAACCUGUACGAUUUGCCACAUGCACCUGUCGAAGACCUCAGUGUGGCCAUUCAACGUAUGCUCGCUCCAUACGGUCGAAUCCUUGAUAUCAGCAUUUUCCUGUCCUCUCAACACUCGUUUUUCAUGGGCCAAGGCUGUGCGUAUCUCGAUGUCACUCAAGCUCAUCAACCUUUGUCUACCCAUACGCUCAUGUACCCCGAUCUUGAGCAUGAAGUCCGGGCUUUCUGGAAAGGCUCGCCCCCAUACUGUCGAUUCUGCCACGAAGACACUCAUGAGAAGGACCUUUGUCCCAAACGCGCCGCCACCCUUGUCCAAGCGUGUUCCCAAUGCGGCGACUAUGGUCAUUCUCUUCGGUCGUGCCCGCGAUCGGUUCAAAGCAAUCCUGUGUCCGCCUUCGUAGGUACUCCUCCGACUCUGCAACCAUCAUUGUCCGUUCAACUAAACGCAGAGCAUGGCUCUCUAAUGGAUCUCGAAACCUCGGAAGGGGCUGCCGCUGACCAGGGCAGCGUCGUUGAUUACUCUUCUGCACCGAAUUCACCUUCCCUUUCAGCCAGUAUGGAGGUCGAGGUUGGAUCCAAUGUCAGCAACACACCUGCUCCGCAAGAGGCGCAAGAGGCGCAAGAGGCUGCUACUGGUCAGGUCCUAUUACCAGACCCUGCUUCGCUCCCAGCUUCCGUUGCCGCCAACAAUGAAAUUACUAGUAACGACGUUCCUGAGAUCACUGAACAUGCAACUAACACCUCAAAUAGUUCCAAGGACAUAUCGUCCCUUGAGAUCUCAGAAUCUUUUUCCUCUGUAGCCACCACUUCUUCCGCUGCGGCCCCAACUACUACUGUUACUUCCUCGUCACCAAAUUUUGUCGAAACCAUCGCUGACGCUGCUUCUAAGCUAUGGGGUUCUACUUUUGAAUCUG